AUGUCAACAAUUGGGAAUUUCGAAGGAUUCCAGCCUGUGUCUCUGAAACAAGAGGGAGAUGAAUUACUUAAGACUGACCAGCCCUCCAAGGAGGAAGCAAGUUCAAGCCAGGACUCAGCCAAAAGGCCAGUUUCAAGUCAGACAAGUGUGACUGAAUCGACACUCUAUCCCAAUCCUUAUCAGCAGCCUUACGUCUCACGGAAGUACUUUGUUACCAGGCCAGGCACAAUUGAGACUGCCCUGGAGGACUUGAAAAGCCACAUAGCUGAGACUUUUGGAGAGAACAUUCAAAGUUUCUGGCUCUUGACUGAAAUAGACCACUGGAACAAUGAAAAGGAGAGAAUUUUGCUGGUCACAGACAAGACUCUUCUGAUCUGCAAAUAUGACUUUAUCAUGCUCAGCUGCCUGCAGUUGCAACGGAUUCCCUUGAACGCCAUCUAUCGCAUUUGCCUUGGCAAGUUUGCCUUUCCAGGAUUGUCACUGGACAAGAGACAAGGAGAGGGCCUCCGGAUCUAUUGGGGGAAACCAGAGCAACAAUCUCUACUGUCCCGUUGGAACCCGUGGUCCACUGAGGUGCCUUAUGGUACAUUCACUGAGCAUCCUAUGAAACAUACCAGUGAAAAGUUCCAUGAAAUUUGCAAGUUGUCUGGGUUCACUUCUAAGCUUGUUCCAGCAAUACAGAAUGCUCACAAGAACUCCCCUGGAUUUGGCAGAGAAAAGGAACUGAUCGUGUUAACUGAACCUAUUUUGAUUGAGACCUAUACUGGACUGAUGUCAUUCAUUGCAAACCGUAACAAACUUGGUUAUUCCCUUGCCCGUGGAAGUAUUGGCUUUUGA